AUGGAGGAAAAGGUAGACGAGUACCACCGGUUCCUGGAGGAUGUAUUGAGACCGCAGCUUGAGGUCCGUGAGCGUGAACUUGCUGCGGUGCGUGCUGAAGAGGCUGCGGUGGGUCGGGUGGAGGAGACGCUGGCAACGCUGGUCGACCGACGGAUGGGCUCACUGGAGACAGUGGUGGACAUGGGCGCCGGAUGUGGCAUGCGCGCAGAGGUCGAAUCGGUCUCCAAAGUCUUUGUUCAUGUCGGGCUUGGCUUCCAUGUAGAGAUGACCUUGCCAGAGGCUCAGGCUUGGGCUGUUGCUCGUCGCGAGGUCAUCGCUGCUGAUCUGGAUCGCCGCAUCCGUGCCGUGGCAGAGACCCGCGCUCACAUUCGCGUCGCUAUGGCCACCAUCCGCGAGCUGAGAGAACCAACUGUUCCCGAGGACUAA